UAUUGAUAGAGGUGGUACUUUUACUGAUUGUAUUGGUAGCAUACCAGUUCCUAAAUCAAAUGAAUACCCUAAAGGCCGUAAAGAAGUUGUCAUAAAAUUGUUAAGUGUUGACCCCCAAAACUAUCCUGAUGCUCCGCGUGAAGGAAUUAGAAGAAUACUGGAGUUGGCAACUGGAAAAGAUUUCCCUAAAAAUAAACCAAUUGAUACCUCAUUCAUAGAGUCUAUAAGGAUGGGAACAACUGUUGCUACAAAUGCUCUAUUGGAAAGAAAAGGAAAUCAGGCCAGACCUAAAAUAUUUGAUUUGUCAAUUCGUAAACCUGAUGUAUUAUAUCAAUCAGUGAUUGAGAUUGAUGAACGUUCAGUGUUGUCGGCAUACGGUUUAGCAUUGGCUGAUGUUGUUCAUGAAGUUCAAGAGCCAAGCUCCCUGAUUUAUUCCGAGAAAACAUUACCCCAUAUACAAGAAAGAGUAAAAGUUUUAGUUAAUGAUUGUGCCAACGUACUUUCAUCACAAUACCAGAUAACAGACGAAUCAACUAUCCAUUAUGAGAUUUAUCUUAACUUAAGAUAUCAAGGAACAGAUUUUGCUCUGAUGACCUUGAAACCAAAAGAUUCUUGGAAUUUUAUUGACACGUUUGUUGAACAAUACAAACAAGAAUUCGGGUUUAAUUUAUCCGAUAGAGAUAUUUGUGUGGAUGAUAUUAGGAUUCGUGGAAUUGGGAAAAGUCAACAGUUGACAAACAAUAGUGUUUACGAAGAAAUCAAAUCGUUAAAGAGGAUACCAUUAGAAUCUAGUCAUAAAACAUACCCGAUGUAUUUUGAAGAACAUGGCAGAUUGGAAACUCCAGUGUAUUUGUUGGAUAAUCUUAUCGUUGGAAAUUAUAUACAAGGCCCUGCAAUGAUCAUUGAUGCAAAUUCUACGAUCCUUGUUACCCCAAGUUGUAAUGCUCAUAUCACAUCAACCCACAUAAUGAUAAUGGUUGGUGAUGGUGUCAGAAGUCAAGUCACGACCGAAUCGGAUCCUAUACAAUUGUCUAUAUUUGGUCAUAGGUUUAUGAGCAUUGCUGAACAAAUGGGCAAUACUUUACAAAAAACUGCUAUUUCCACAAAUAUCAAAGAAAGAUUGGAUUUUUCAUGUGCACUUUUUGGUCCAGAUGGUGGCCUAGUUGCUAAUGUAAAGUAUCAAAUGGAAUUCUAUAAAGGCCAAUUGGAGGAUGGAGAUGUUAUUCUUACUAAUCAUCCUCAAGCCGGUGAUAUCACUGUUAUUACACCAGUUUUUAAUGAAGGCAAAAUAGUUUUUUUUGUUGCAUCAAGAGGUCAUCAUGCAGAUAUUGGAGGUAGUUUACCAGGUUCUAUGCCACCAAAUUCCAAUGAAUUGUAUCAAGAAGGAGCAGCUGUAAAAUCUUUCAAGCUUAUUUCAAAAGGAAAAUUUGAUUUAGAAGGUCUCACCAAUAUUUUAUCAGUCGAGCCAGCAAAAUAUCCUGGGUGUAGCGGUACCAGAUGUUUCCGUGACAAUGAAUCAGAUUUAAAAGCUCAAGUUGCCGCCAAUCAUAAAGGAAUCACAUUGGUAAAAUUAUUAAUACAAGAGUAUGGACUGGAUGUUGUACAAGCGUAUAUGAUGCACAUUAGAAAAAAUGCAGAAUUGUCAGUUAGAUGGUUAUUAAGAGAUGUUAGUAAGCGAUUCGGAAGGAAUACUUUAAAAGCUACUGAUCAUAUGGAUGAUGGGUCACCGAUAAAAUUAGAAAUUACAAUUGAUGAUAAAGAAGGUUCUGCAGUGUUUGAUUUUAAUGGUACUGGACCUGAAGUUUAUGGUUGUUUAGCUCCAAUAGAUAUAAGAAUACCGGAGAAAUCAUUUUUAAAUCCUUCUGAUAAAGCAGCAGUUGUUGGUGGCAAUGUUUUAACGUCACAAAGACUUGUUGAUGUUCUAUAUACAA